CAUCUAGCAUUUCUCAGAGUAGGAAGUGCAGCUUGCGGUAACAGUGAAUUGAAAGUACGCCAUAAAUAUGGCGCCAAAAGAGUUUUCAAGCUGGUGAUAAGAGCUGAUUUUUCUCCGUGUUGUCUUUUUUUCCUGGGGUGUGGGGGGGUGUGGGAGGAGAGGUUGCAAGACAAGACCCGCCUGUGCAUUUGUGCAGAGCGGUGUUAUGUGUGUGCACGUACACCGGGGCAGAGUAGUGUGGAAGCGAGGCAAAAGGCAAAGGCAGUAAGUGAAGACGAGGAGAGCUCAAUGUUUUAUUUUUGAAGGAAGGACGUUGCGAAACUGGCUCGCGAUCUUUUCUGACUCAUCGUUUGGAAAUAAAGCAUCCUUUUCUUUUUCUUUUUUUUUGGUACCCCUCCUCCUCUCGCUUUCCCGUCCCUCUCCUCUCGUACCGCUGGCACUGGAGAGGAAAACACAGUCGGAUUUUGACACCACGUUUGGGGUGCUUUUUUUUUUUUUUUUUUUUUUUUUUUUUUUUUUUUUUUGCAAAAUGCGACAUGCUUUCCUGUGAGCGGUGUGUUGUGCGCACCUCGCAGCCUGCUAUAUCGUGAACAGCGGCAGCAGGAACCAGCGGCGGGCACCACUGUGUUUGUUGUUGUUGACUUGUACUGAGGCUGCAACUUUAGUCUGGCCGCCACUUUUUUGGGGAUUUUAUUUCGGAUUCGGACUCGGUCGUCGGUCUCUACGGAGCUGACGGCGCUGUCAACACGCACCGUGAGGGGAAGGGAAGGGAAGGGAGGGGAAGGGACGGUCCUGUCACCCAACGUGGAUUCAGAGUCGGAGCUGUUUUAGCAGCACUGCUAGCAGCCUGCCAGGGCACCGAGUGGGCAAACUGAACUAGUGCUAAACCCUCCACUGUGAAACUACAUGUGCCUGGCUCCCAAUGAUCUCCUAAUCUCUGGGACUCGGCCGCCGUCCAGGACUGAGGACGUAUCUGCACCCGAAGCUGACUGCGAUCAAGAUGGAGAGCGAGAAGAAGAGGAGAAAAUACUCCACGAGCAGCAAUGACUCCGACACCACCGACAGUCAGGUGACCUCGUGGUCCAGGUCAUCCAAGAAUACGGGCACCAGCAGCACAUGGGUCCGCCACCAGCACAAGAAACCAUCAGAGGUGUUUCGUACCGACUUCAUCACAGCCAUGAAGCUGCCGGACUCGGCCCAGCUCGGCCCGGACGACUUCUAUGUGCUCUCAGACCCCUGGAGACAAGAGUGGGAGAAGGGAGUACAGGUUCCUGCCAACCUAGAGGCCAUACCAGAGCCUGUGGUCAGGUUGGUGCCGGAGUCAACAGGUGGCCUGUCCAACAACAGGCAGGAGAAGGAGGGUGACACCCAGCCUCCUCCCACCCAGCUCUACAGCUGCUAUGACCUGGAUGAUCUGGAUGUGGCCUGGCUGGAGCUGGUCAAUCAAGAGUUCAGACAGAUGGCCUUACCCGAGCUGGACGAGCUGACGAUGGAGUGUGUCCUGGUUGAGCUGGAGAGUGUGUGCGAGGAGAAGAUGCAGCAGGCCAUCGAGACGGAGGAGGGCCUGGGCAUCGAGUACGAUGAGGACGUUGUGUGCGACGUCUGCCGCUCGCCAGAGGGUGAGGACGGCAACGAGAUGGUCUUCUGCGACAAGUGCAAUGUCUGCGUUCAUCAGGCAUGUUACGGCAUCCUGAAGGUACCCCAGGGGAACUGGCUGUGUCGGACCUGCGCUCUGGGCGUCCAGCCCAAAUGUCUGCUCUGCCCCAAGAGAGGGGGGGCCCUCAAGCCCACCCGCAGUGGAACCAAGUGGGUCCACGUCAGCUGUGCCUUAUGGAUCCCUGAGGUGAGUAUAGGCUGUCCUGAGAAGAUGGAGCCCAUUACCAAGGUGUCCCACAUCCCCGCUAGCCGCUGGGCUCUGUCCUGCAGCCUGUGCCGAGAACACACAGGAACCUGCAUACAGUGCUCCAUGCCCUCCUGUAUUGUGGCCUUCCAUGUGACAUGCGCCUUCGACCACGGCCUAGAGAUGAGGACCAUCCUGGCCGAGAAUGACGAGGUGCGCUUCAAGUCCUUCUGCCUGGAGCACAGCUCCACCGCCAGCAACAGCAGCGCACCCGCCAACAACACCUCCAGCACAACCAGCGCGACUAACGGCAACCACGCCGCUGUUUCAGCCACCAAUGGAACGCAUGGCGCAGCCAGACCUGACUGGGCCACCGCUGCUGGUGGCGGUGUGGAGCUCCGGCCGGACCAGCAACACCAACUAAAUGGUAGCAGUGACCCGGAGCAGAGGUCAGUAUCGCACCCGGUUUCAGUGUCAGCGUCGGAGCGAGCUGAGCGGGACCAGCUGGAGAGAGAGAAAGUCAGCCAGAGGAAGCAGAAGCUCCAGGAGCUGGAGGAUGAGUUUUACCGACUGGUGGACCCAAGAGAGGUGGCUGAAAACCUGGGGCUGCCCGUCUCCCAGGUGGACUUUCUGUAUCAGUUUUGGAAAUUGAAGAGGAAGGCCAACUUUAAUCGACCUCUGGUGACCUUAAAGAGGGACGAGGUGGACAACCUGGCCCAGCAGGAGCAGGAUGUCCUCUACAGACGCCUCAAACUCUUCACACACCUCCGACAAGACCUGGAGAGGGUGCGUAACCUGUGCUACAUGGUGACACGCAGGGAGAAAAUGAAACACACCCUGUGUGACCUCCAGGAGAAGAUCUUCCACCUGCAGAUUCAACUACUGGAAGAGGACAUGGCUGGAGAGAAAACCCAGAAGGGAGAAAAGAGGAAGCAGAAUGGAGUGAAGGAGAAAGGGAAGGAGAGAAGGAAGAGUAGUCCUGAGAAGAAAAAGGAGAGAUGGAAGUCAGAGAACGGCUCCCUGCUUAAAGAGCUAGGUUUGUCAAAGUCCUUCCCAUUGGACAACUCUUUGUUCGACAGCUGGCUCGCCCAGUCGGUUCAGAUCACCGCCGAUGACAUGCUGAGUCAGUGGGCUCUGGGUGCCCAGCAUGGGGACAAGAGUGGCAGCCUACUCUCCGACCAGCUCCUGCAGGGCGAGGAGAGCCUGCUGAACCUUAUGAUGGAGAACUCCAUGCAGUCCACCUGGAAGACGCCCCAGCUGGGCCGCAAAUCACGAGGGAGCAACAAGCCCCGUGCUCGAGGACAGCCCGCCGCCCCUCCCACCCAGGCCCAGACGCUCCUCUCGGCAGCGGCCGCCUCCACCGCCAGCAGCCCCUCCACUGCUAAGAGCCUCUGGACGAGCGUGGCAGAGGAAAAGUCUGGCCAUGUGGGCCGGAAAGGGGACAGGUCCAGGGGCUCCUCCAAAGGCCUGCACCACCACCACCUUCAUCACCACCAGACCAGGAGCUCUGACCUGCAGGGGGAGCCGCCGCCACAGCCGCCAAUCUCCAAAAUGGAUUCCUGUCACAUCUCGGAGGACCGCGGCCCCUGGGACAGCAUCCACACGGGGAAUGGCGUUGCAUCAGGGGCUGGAUCCGUUUUCACCACAAGCUCAUCUCCACCUCCGGCCUCCAGCCCUGGGGUCACAGUUCCCGACACGGGGGUGUUCCUCCGUGGCGGGGCUCCGCGGCUCCGUCUGCCCCGCCAGGGUAAAUCAAGAGGGAGGGGCGUCAGCGGAGGCGUGGUGGCGGGGUUGGAGUCCAUGGACCUGCCUCUCACGGGAAAGGACACAUCCCUGCUGGACGCUGCCGAGACUGACGGGUACUUCUCUGACGGUGAGCAGAGCGAUUCGGACACGCGCUCCGGCGGACGCAAACUCCGCCUGCCGCAGUUGCAUUCUGGGAACGAGGACCUGUUGAGAAGGAGCGUGCUGGCAUCCUAAAGAACUGAGACUCAAACCAACACACACAAACAGUUAUCCAAGCAGAGUCCCCGCUGGCUAAUUGUUUCUCCAUCUGUGCCCAGUACAGUCUACAAAACAUGGCUGGAUGGCUUUGUUCAACCAAAUCCCUGUCACAUUUACCAAUGGAAAAUCUCUUCAGCUCUUACCUGCUUUGUUUUUUGGGGGGAAUUUGAAUGUAGCCGUUUGCCUGUCGUACAGUAAAGCUUCUCCACAGGACUGUAGUCUGUUGUUAGAUAACCACAAGACGUGAUACAUUCAACAAAUAAGAAACAAACAUUAUCUUCAUUCUUCUUUUUUUUUCCGUUUUGUGUUUCAGAUUCAUUUUGUUUCUGGUCGUUGAAGUACCCUGUUCUGGCCUCAUGUCUGUGGUAUCUGCCAGACUUGGGAACAAAGACUUUGGGGCAUUAUUAUUACUAUUCUUCAAGCUGGUUUCAGGGUCUGCUUCACUUUUGGUCUUUUAUGGCCUGAGAUACAUCCAAUGAGUCUUUGUUUUCUUGAAUAUAUUCAACAGAAAAGACAAUUUCACACCAGAGUUGUUCAAAAAUAUGUACGGGGAUGACAUGGGACAAACAUGUAUUCAGCCUUGAAAAGCACAACUAGCUAGUCAUAAGAGCUGUAAUGUAAGCACUCGUGUGUAUAAUAGAUGCUCAUUCAGGGUUGGGGUCAAUUCUUCAACAUGUUGAUUCAGUUUCAAAAUGUACACUAAAGAGUUUCAAAUUUAUCUUCACAGACUAAAAAAUACACAUCUCUGGCUUUUCCAGUUUUUGAAUAGCAAAACAGCAGAUUGACCCCAACCCUGGUGCUCAUUCAGAUUGUCACACAGAGACACACACACAGAGACACACACACAAACACACACACACACACAGACAUAGAUAUACUGACACACAAACUACCAUAAGCAAAUCCCUUUUGCUCACGUCACAGCCAUUGUUGAAAUAUUUGGUCUGACUUUUGUCAGCUGCUUUCAAAUUCUUCCUAAUUCUGAGUUUUCUUUUUUUUUCUUUUUUUUUUUUUUAAAGCCUGAAACUUUGGAGAAAAAUCAUUGUAGAAACUCUGUGCCUUCUGUCGCUCGCCCUGUGCCCCUGCCUCCCCUCUCAAACCCCCCACCACCCCACCCACCUUCUUAAUCAACCAAACAAUCAGUAAGCAGAUCAAUCAGUCGUUUCUCAAUCGGAUUUGUAACAAUCAAACCAAAAGGUAAUCCAGACAGAUUGGUUACCAAGUGUAGCCAGCAUUGGGCUCCUUGUCACCUUAACAAUUGUCUAGUGCCUGAAACAAGGAUGUAAAUGCAGCUUUUGCCAUUAAUCAAUGAAGCAUCUGCAACAGUUAGCAAAGCAGAGCUACACCGUGCUCUCGGUGCAAAGAGCUGCCUACUGUUCUAUGCCCCCAUAACUAGAUCACUGCAGUCCAGAGCUGUCAAUAAACAAGAGUUUGGCCAGGUUGCGCUGUGAGCGCCAUGUUGCUGCCGCUAUGGGAGAGCUGACUGCAACAAUAGAUACAUGUGGGAGAACAGAAAAACACAGAAACUAACAACUUACUGUCAGUUUUAUAUCCUGAUUAACCUGUUUACACAUCUUGCCAUCAGUUCAGUGGUAUUAAUCCAUUAUGCUUGAUUAUUUAAAUAGCUCAUGUAGAAAUAUUCCUACAUUUUAGACAAAAGUCACAAAAGGGGGCAGAAACAAACACAAGUCAUUGCAGAUUCUCCUCAUUUGGCAUUGGUAAAUUGAUAUAUGAUUUUUUGGAGUUUUCAACCACAUUUCACAGUCUUGGCUGGCUCAGGUGUCACCAUAUGACCUAAGAGAUUAAAAAACAUCUUUUAAGGGCAUCUAAAAAAUUAGACAUAGCCUCAUAUAAAACAGUCACUGCUGCUGUGCUACUUUCAGGCAACAGGCAUCAGGAGAAACAAGUUUGUCAUACUUCAGAUCAUCCAUGUUAUGCGAUUUAUAAUUUUGAUGUAGUGAGAUGCCCCACCAUGGUUUUAGCUAAGCAUUGAGUGGUUUUAUGGCACCAACAUGGCUGUCACUGACGUCUGAAGUGGCCAAGCUCUUGUCACCGAUGGCUCUGCUGCACCUUUUCUCCUGUCAGAUGAAUGAUGACAAUGUAAUAAUCAGCUUCAGAGGCCUGCGCUCUUAAGUUCACAAAUUGAGUUGUUUGUAAAAAAAAUUUUUUUUUUAAAGUACUUUUUGUUGUUCUCUCAGAGUUGUAUUUUGUACUUAAGCAGUCCAUGGUAUUCUCAGGGGUUAAAAAAAACUUUUAAAAAAGAAGAAUAAAAGGUUAAAAAAUUUAUCGAAAAAGUGACACAAGACGUAGAUACAUAUAUAUAUAUAUACAUAUUUUAUAUCAUAUACAAUAUAUAUAUAUAAAGUGAUGUGUGUAUGUCUAGAAACUUCCUUAUUUGGCAAGCUUCACUGUUUGAACUCCUACAUGACUACUACUGAGCAUGCUCCUUCUCUCAGUGUGACCAUAUGACCAUCAGCCCUGGGUUCAAUAGUCUCAACCAAUAAUUAAUGCUCAUUUUAACUUGUUUUGAGUUACCAGAUGAGCGGAACAGAUCAGAUGAUAUUGGCUCAGUGGUCAACUACAAGAAGGGACUUUCUUUACAUUUUCUCACCUUUCUUGCAGCUAAGACCCCACCCAUCGGGGGCCAAAUUGGGGGUGAAAUAAGGCAUGAAAAGUGAUUUUUAAGGGCUGCUUUACCCAGGUCUGAUGAACAGACAUUUAAAUAGAGGUGGAAGUCCAAUCUACUUCCUCUGGGUUUUUUUUCUGUUUGGACAGCUUCAACCCUGUCUUCUGGAGUGACCACGCCAAAGAACAGAUCUGUGUAUCAAAGCAGCAUAUUUACAUCUUAACCACACAAACACACAUACACGCGCUCUGUCUCUGGUUUUCAAGAUGAAGAAUGUUAGAUAAGGAUGUCACACAACUCUGCCAGCGCUGUCCAGAUCAGCUCGGUUUAAUCCAGUUUCUAGACCUGGUUCAACCCAGCUCGACACGGUUUGCUUAGAAACACCGUAAGCUCAGGCACGGUGCCAUGGGUGAUGUAUGAACCCCAUUUACUGGCGCUGUUAAUUGUACUACACCACCACCACCGAUGAACCGAACCUGGAUUCUCUCACAUCUGCAUGCACGGGGGCGGGCGGGGAGGGGUCACGUAGGAAAAGCCUGUCGCCACAGCGACGACGGGGCUGGCGAUGGUCGUUAAACACAGACUCGCGCAUAUUAACCCCUUCCUCCCACUUCAGAAAAAGCCAAAUGCUGCUGAACUGAACACAACAUACAGCUCACACACAGACACAUACACAUACACACACCAGAGCUGGUAUAACAGGGUUAUAAUGUAGAAGACGACUAGUGUUUUUUUAAUGUAUAUGUGGUCCUGACUGCAUCAGGAAGUAUGAGCUUACUCAAGAGUGAAAUGCCCCAUAACAGCAGGAGAGUAUUAUUACAGGUGACAGCGCUGUGUCUCUGUCUCCUUUGUCCUUCAGGUGUAGCCAUCGUAGAAGAUUCACAUUGUUAGUCUGCCACACCUGUCUCUGUUUCACCACAGAAAGACAAAGUGUGUUUUAAAAAAACUUUCAAAAGGAAGGGUUUUCUAGUUUGUUUGGUUUUUUUUUUUUAACUGUCCAAAGCGGUUUCUAAAUUUUUACAACAGCAUAAAUACAGGGCAGGUGGAUGAUUUUGGACUUCUACGUUGGCUACUGGCUAUUACAAUCCACAUGGAAACUUACCAUAACAACACAAAACAACAACAAUAACUGCAACAAAGCUUGUGUUUUGAAGCGAGGAUGUGGUGAAGUAUCAUUACGGCCCACAGAAUCCUCCGCUGGGUGGUUGUUACCAUUCAUGUGUUGCUAAGACAGAAAAAUGUAAUCUUGGUUUCAAUAUUCAAUGUUCAGAAGUAGCCUGACUUUGUAGACAGUGGUAUUAGACAAGGCCUCACAUGUAUGGCCUUAACAUGUAGUAGCAAAUGCUAAGGCUGCACAAUGCUGGCAAGAAAAAAAGAAGAACACCACCCUCUGCAUAAAGUUGUAGGGAGGUUAGAUGAGUUAGACUUGCUGUUUCUAAAGAUUCUCUUGUUUGCAAGUCAGAUUUUAGUAGAUUUGGUAGUACCUUCUCUGGCAGACUGCCAUUUUGAUAAUUGCACUUCUGAUUCUUUUUUUUUUCCUAGGUAUUGUGCAGCCUUAGCAAACACAAACUGGUUAUUAUUCUAUAUUUACAGUGUGGCUUCAAUGCCCUCUACUUCCGCUUCGUAGAUACUGUAGACUGGAGUCUUUUGCAGGUUCUUUUUAUCAAUAUCCACUAGAAUACAAUUUCAAAGCAUCACUGUCCUCUGUGUGGUACGCUGGUGUGGGUGUUGGCUCACAGCCCACAACGUGCUCUGAUGAUCUUUGAGUUUUUUACAACUCUGUCAGGUCAAAUAAUUCACGUGAUAGGAGAUCCACAUGAGAUUUUUUUUUCCUCUCUUUUCCAUAUCUAAUCUGUAAUAUCAGUAAUGGCGUUGAAAUAUUUAGCCUCCGAGUGAAGCAUCAGUAUCAGCAGGAAAUCUGGUGAAAUACUGGAGGUUAUGUUUUUGGUGCCAUCUUCUAUUUAGAGCGCAUGGUUAAGACAUUUUGCGUAAUGGAUAAAUAUACAACUAUACAGUGGUGAGUUGGUGCAUGUGUCAGAAACAGAAGUCCCACCCCACCCCUUCUCCAGGUUUUGGCACGAAUGUUAGACCACACAAAUAAGCUGGUGGGCAUUGUGCAUGUAAUGGCAGGUCAGAAACACACCUACACACACUGAUGAAUUCCUAGACUUCAGCAGAAAAGACGGUCAAAUGCCAGCGCCGAUUGCUGCAGGUAAUUGGAACAUCGCCCACAAUUCACACAGCUGCCGUCUACUGUACUGACACUGUUGUAAAAUUCCUUGGAAAGACAUCACUGCACCAGCAGGGCUGGGUUCCUCAGAACUUCCUCAGCUGCACAAAGAUCAUGUUUAGAGUUUUUUAUUAGCAGAAAGGUAGGUUAGGGCCAUCCACCGGAAAUUUUGUUGUACAAGCUAAUUCGUGUUUGACUUGAAUGGAGGGGGGGGAAAAAAAAAAAAAAAAAACAGCCUUUAAAUUCCAAGUUUUCCUCCUGGUGGAUGAAAGAGUUUGAUCUCCACUAUUUUAAGACAAAACGUGAUGGUUGCGCUGAUGUGGUUUUGAGGACCCUGAAGAGCAUCAGGAUGCUGUUCAUACAAUAUCUCUCUUCCUCGGUGGUUGCUCCUUUGUCCAGUAAGAAUGCGGUUUGAGGCUGUCGUCAGGUCAGUGAAGCCAGGACUGGACAAUGCUUAGAAAUUUAAUUUGAUGCCCCAGCCUCUCUCAGACCAGGGUUUUUUUUCCCCCCAACAAAGUGAGCAUUCAAUUAAAGAAAGUCUGGGAACACAAACUACCUGCUGGACUCAUGUAAAAGCAGUCAUUAUCUCUGUAACAAAGUCAUUGGGAUUACUGUUGCAGAUUAUGUACAUUGGAUUUUCUUGAAAAGGCUAGAAUUGAAAUCGCUUGAAAUCUUGAUGAAAGUUGAAUUUUCUCAUAGUCUGUGUAAAUCUGUUUGGAAACACAGACUUUGUUAUGUGAUCAAGUGACCUGCUUAGUGCUUCCUGUUUUGGACAUAAAUGACAGUCCUUGCUUUAUUGUCCUGCGCCAGCCAUGCAAACCCACCCACCUACCCACAUGCCUACCGCUGGAGUUUAUAUACAUCUACAAUAAUGUAUAAUACUGUUCAACUACUACUACUAGAGACAUUUUCAUUUUUCCGUGUUUUGAAAAAGCCUUUGCAAGCUGUUUUUUUAUUUCUUUUGUAACGCUUUAGCUGGCCAUCGCGGCUCAUAUCAAACUAGAAAGCUGACUCAUUAUCUGCUUCCUCUGUUUUUACUGGCGCUUUGCUCUCCUCUCCGUUACAGCAAAGUUAUGGCUUCAAGGUCUCAACAUCCACAAACCCAGACACACUGCACAGAUUGGAGGUUUAGUCAUACAAACGCUUCUCGCAGGCAGAGCCGCUGUGGAGGCAGAAACGAGCUCAGUUGUCAAGUUGAAUCUAAAUUGGUGGAGUCGAAGAAUCGCAGUGAUUUGAAUCACAGAGCCUCUUGUCAUUCAUUCAUGAUGAUGUGAGGUAGCUAACUGUUACCAAGAUCAAUAUAGGGAAGUACAGUCAGUACAGGUAGUCAGGUUGGCAAACAAACAACUAGGAGCAUAACAAGGGAAGUAUGAGAGGAAAUGCAAUGCCUGGGCCACAGAGCAGAAAUUAUUAGUCAAUUAAUUGUUUAGUCAUUCAACAGACAAAUGUUCUGCAGCUGUUUUUAUAUUCAAAAUGAUAAUUGUGUAAAAAAUUGCAAAUAUUCUCUGGUUCCAGCUUCACAAGGACUUAAUGUUGCUCUUUGUGAUACAUGAUAAAACUGGACUGAACAGAAUAAACUGAAAACAAGCAAUUUGAUGGCAUCACCUUGGGCCAGACGAAGUUGUAAUGAGCAUUUUUCAUUAUUUUCUGAUAUUCCACAGACCAAUCGACUCAUUGAUGAGUAAUCAAAAAAAAAUAUAUAUAUCAAUAAUGAAAAUAAUCAGUAGUUGCAGCCGUAUAGAUUACAUACCUCUGCUAGAUUUCACAACUUGAGUUGACUGGGAAACCAGAUUUUAGAACAACAUAAAUCACCGUAAGCCUGCAACAAGGCUGCCAAGGUUACUAAUUAUUAAUCCUUUAAUCUAUCAUAUGGCAAACAUGUUUUGAGAGCCCAAGUAGACAUCUUCAGAUGAUUUGUUUGAUCCAACCCACAGUUCAAAAUUCAAACAUAUUCACUUUGGAAUCAUAUGAAAACACAAGCAGCAGAUCUGCACAUUUAAGAAGCUGGAACCAGAGAAUAUUUAGAGUUUUUUGCUUGGGUGAUAAUGACUUGAUGAUCAAAAUCAUUGCUGAGUUAAUUUUCUUUCAUUCAAAUUCUGAAUUAAUCAAGUAACUUUUUCACAUAACUCAUUGGCUUCCUGUGAAGUUAGCUUCUCAACUUUUAAAAGCACACAGCUCUGCACAAAACACCAAGCAGAGCAGUUUGUCGGUCUGUUUCUGUGUUAAAGGUUGAAGGAAACCUGAAGAAGUAUGCGUCCAAAUAACUUCCUCCUAUUUAUUUCCCUUUUCCAUUUCAGUGGGCUUCUGUUCGACAUCAUUUAAGUAGAUACACACUGUUUCUGGCUCCACCUGCUAAGGCUCAACACAGCGAGAUUGCUUCUGCUUCCAGAGCAGAUUCAAGAAAAUGUUUUUAAGACUAAAGCUCUCAUCUGCACUAACUGCGCACCUUACUCUGCCUCCACCAUCCGACAUCUUCCUCCUCCCUGCUUGCUCCUCCUCCUCCUCCUCUCAGCCUGAACCCCAAAAUACACCUCUCCCCUUGUAUCCCUCCUGCCCACAACUCCUCCUCUCUCCUCCUCUCCUGUCCGGUGAUCAGCCUCCUUGGCCAGCACGUGGCUUUUUUCAAAUCGCUUAUGAAGCAUAGGAUGAUCCAAAAAAAAAAAAGAAAGAAAGAAAA